CUGCUAUCUUUCUCACUCGGUAUCAAUCUCUCGUUUUGUAUCGUUUGCUGUCGUAUCGGUAUCGGUAUCGGUCUGUGUACAAAAUAUGACGGGGAAAAUAUUUUAUUUGUGAUUCGAAUAUUACCAACGAAAGAAAUUAUUAAAAUUAAAUAGAAUAAAAGAAGAAUGUACGAAAAGAUCUUCGCCACAAAAAUCUUGCGCCGAAUAAUAAGCUAAGAAUAUUCUUAGUGUGAGAUACAACAAUUGCAAUUGUUGUAUAUAGACAUUUAGAUAUGUAUGUACGUAUGUACAAAUAAAUGUAAACUGUGAAACACGUGACCAAAGCUGUGUAAUAAAGAAAUACAAAUUACAUAGAUAGGUAUUCAAGUGAAAAUAUAAUUAAAAACUCGAAGAACGUAAGAAAGAAGUUGAAAACCACCGGACAGUGAGUCACUGUUCAUUGCACUUACCGUGCGUUCCCAGGCACAUUUGCGUGGGUGUGCUUGCCCACGUGGCUACCGUAAGCGACCACCUUCAUUUAAUUUUGGGUCUGCACAGAUAUUACGAAACAUACACAUAAUUUCAGAGUAAGUGUUUCGGGUCCAUCAUUCAUCGAGAAAUAAGUGAUAAACUGUUGCGCAAAUAUCUGGCACGUACGAUAUUCUGCGACUGUGUAAAAAAUAUGGAAAAUGUUUUUUUUUUUUUGGCGGUUACUUAUCGUACCUUGCGCUUGAGUUCGUUGUUCUCGACAGCGCCAGCGUCAUCGCAUCUCAACAAAUCGGCCAACAUCGUCUACAACGAAAUCAAUAAUCUAAAGAGGCAUCCUCAUUAUUUUAAACUUCAGUAAACAGCCGGCACAACUAUUGCCGCGUAGCUGUCGUUAGCUACAGUUAAACCCCAUGAUCCCGUGGUUUUCCCUGCCUUGCCCUCCCGGUGUACACUGCUUGCGGACUAAUUGUUGAUUUUGAAUAACAACAAGAGACCUCACCGCCCACGCCGGCAUCAGCGAACAGCAACAAUCAGCAUCAGAUCAGAAACAACAACAGCGAAAACAUCACACAUAUGCAAGUGGAUAACGCGUUUUUUGGUGUGUUGAUCAAGCGGUUGUACGGUUGUUCGGUCGUUCGGUCCUAUAUCGUUGUACUCACAUUAUAAAUACGUCUUCUCCAAAUCUGCGAUCGGUAAAUUUCGUAAAAUAAACGGAAUAUUGUUCGUUUCUCACAAAUUAGCAAUAAUCAGAAUACCACCCCUUUGCCCUUCACUGCAGUUUUAUCCGGCAAAAAGCUGAAAUCGUUCGCUGGCGGUGAGUUUGAGUAUUUGUAGAAACGACGGACGCCAGAUGAUUUGUUUAUUAGUCGAUAUAUUGGAGCAUACGUGAAUUCCUAGGCCACUUGUACGUCACCUCAAGUUCGUCGACAGUUGGCGCACAAUCGUAUAGGAAAUUGAAUCGCAGAAUCUCAAACGUUGUCGUUUUACUUGGACAGACAUUUAAAGAAACAGAAAGUGAGAUGUAAAUAUUCCAACAGAUAUACAUAUAUAAUAUAAAUAUGUAGACAUACAUAUGUAUGUGUACAUAUGUAUCAGGAGAGAAAGAGAGCGCAUACUUCAUGCAGAGUCGGAGCUCAAAGUCAACUUAUCACUCAGUCGACAAUUGUGGCAAUUUAGUGAAAUUAAUUUUAUUAAUGAAUUAACGCAUGUCGUUACUACACACACACAUACAUAUAUACAUAUACACGUAUUUAUAUUUAGUAGCAACAAUAAUAACAAUAUAAACUAAAAACAUAAAAGCUUUGCCUUUACGUUAUGUAAAAAGUAAAGAAAGAUCUCAGCAGCUAUAUCAGUUACUUCACAAAACCAUUUAAUAGAAAUAAACAUUUCCUUUCCAUUCCUUCAUGGUUGGAACGACUACACCCCAGUGACUCAAAGUCACAUUUUCAUACACUCCGAGCUUACUUUGCAACGACUCUCAUCGGUACGACCAUAGCAUUGCUAAUGAGCAGUGCAGUGCAAGGUAAACAAGCUGUAGCAGGAACAUAAAAAUGUACGCGCACAGAUUGUACUGAAGCACGUCUAGCCAGCUUCCUGCCCCCGACAAGCCUUCAUAUUCGUGCGCAGAGUUGUAAAGUGGCUCGCCAGGAGGAGCAACAGCAGUUGUCAGGCGAUAAGCCCAGCCAUUGAAAAAUAUCACUACAAUUGUUUGUCUUCGCGUGUGUUGUAGGCGGUGACGGUGAAAAUAGUACAACAAGUGAACGCACACGCAGCGAUGGCAACCUCAACAUCGGAUAACUACAAAAUUCCGUCGACAAGUAAAAUUUCUGUUGAUAAACUGUUGCGAGUUGGCUAUUAUGAGCUGGAGAAGACGAUUGGCAAGGGAAAUUUUGCAGUUGUGAAGUUGGCAUCGAAUAUUGUGACCAAGUCAAAGGUAGCAAUAAAAAUCAUUGAUAAGACUUGUUUAAAUCCUGAGUACCUAACUAAGACAUUCCGCGAAAUUUCCAUUUUAAAAUCCUUACGUCAUCCACAUAUAACUCGCCUCUAUGAGGUGAUGCAGUCAGAGACGAUGAUCUAUCUUGUCACCGAAUACGCAUCAAACGGUGAGAUAUUCGAUCAUCUAGCAGAUAAUGGUCCCAUGAAGGAACUCGAAGCGGCACGUGUAUUCACACAACUGGUCUCGGCAGUGCAGUACUGUCAUUCGAUGGGUGUCGUGCAUCGAGAUCUUAAGGCGGAGAAUGUGUUACUCGAUAAGGAUAUGAAUAUAAAGCUUGCCGACUUUGGUUUCAGUAAUCGAUACGAAGAGGGCAGUCCAUUAACUACAUGGUGCGGUUCACCACCAUAUGCCGCACCUGAAGUUUUUCAGGGUCUGGAAUAUGAUGGACCUAAAGCGGACAUUUGGAGUCUGGGUGUAGUUCUUUACGCUUUAGUAUGUGGUGCAUUACCAUUUAAUGGUGACACACUACUCGAGUUAAAAGGACGCGUAGUUACUGGAAAAUUUCGCAUUCCAUACUUCAUGUCACGAGAUUGCGAGCAUCUGUUACGUAAUAUGUUGAUAGUUGAGCCGGAUCGCCGAUAUACAUUGAAACAAAUUAUUAAACAUCGCUGGCUAAGUGACUGGGCGGCGGAACUGAACGACAUCAAUGAUAGCGUUGGUGGGUGUAGUAGUGGUGCCAACGCCGCGGCGUAUACACAACAGUCUGAGAAUAAUUCACUUAUUCGAAGCGAGAACAACUGUAGCUUUAAUAUGCAUGGACCAGUGGCUAUUGCCAAUCUGGAUACAGAGGUAAUGAGAAACAUGUUGCAGUUGCCCGGGCUGACUGCCGAUAUGAUUGCCGACUCGGUGCAUAACAAACGGUUUGACAAUAUCUAUGCCAUCUACAAUUUACUUGCCGAUAAACUGCAGCAAAAGCGUCGCGAGCAUCAUAGGAUGCAACAUCAAGCCGCAUAUUCAAGAUUACGUAAAACCAGCAUAACAACAGGCGUGGUCGAUCGUUCUGAACCAAUUAAGCAGGAAUCAAUUGAUCGCUUGAGUCCGCUGACCAACACAAAUGCGCUGCAAGGCGGCUUGGGCUUCCAAUGGACUGAUGUUUCGGUGGAUUUGGAGAAGUUUGGCGAGCUCGAAUUGGAAUGUUUAGCGCGAACAAAUGAGCCACAAAAUCAAAAUCAAAAUCACUUGUGUGCCAAUGCUGGCGGAAACGGCGGCAAUACGAGGCGACACACUGUCGGACCUGGCGAUGUGGCACACGAGCAAGCACUUGCCAAUCCAAAUGUGCCGCCAAUCAAUUUUAAAUGCCCGCCUGAAAAUAAGAAUGACACAGGCCCAUACUUGCCAAUGAACCUGCCAAUGUUACAGAAUCAACCUCUGCACAAUUUAACUAUUAAGGACCAGCAUCUAUUGAAACCACCAAUGGUGAUGGGCGCAAGUAGGUGUAAUAAAUACUUCACACAUGUGUUUCUUAAUUUUAUGCUCAUCCACUUAGGUUCAUUUGGACGUCGUGCGUCAGAUGGUGGCGCAAAUCUGCACAUUUACUAUCCCUCGACCGGAAAUAAUGUGCACCAAGAUCAUGUGCACCAUGGAUCAAAUACGAGCGGAUUGAGUGGAGCAUCCACAGAUAGACACAUGGUGCACGGUAUGCGUGACCAAGCCCAUCUACCGCAAUUGGGGGCGAGCGAUACUGUUAGCGAGGAAAACAGCGAGGAGAUACAGAAAUAUAUUCAAAUUCGUGGGAAACGACACACUGUGAGUUGCACAGAAGACCUAUCGAUACAGCACCAACCGGGCGAGACUUGUACAGUCUGUGGGAUAUAUGAACCACCUCUAAUACAACAAAUGCCGACCAUCAUGUCACCGCAGUCGGGAACCAGUGGGGCAAGUGGUGGUGGUGGUGGAAUGCGCAUGAGACGUACCGGUCUGCUCACAGUGACGGAACGACCGCCAGUUAUCAGUCCUGAGCUUAUACGUGAAGUGGAAUCGCGUAUGAAUCGAAAUUAUUUGCCACCUGCUUUGAAAAUGCAGCAACAUCAAUCGCAUACACAUCCACCACAUGGUGCACCGAAUCCCACACUCAGUCAAUCCCCUCCCACGACCAGCCUAAUGACUUACCAUUCGUCGUCAAGUUCCAAUAUUUUGCCAGCACAGGCAUUGAGCAAUGCAGCUUUGGCGGGGCAACAAGGUCCACCAAGCGCCACUGGAAACAAUAGACGAGUCCAUUUCAAAUCCACAAAUAAAUUACCAACAGUGCAAGAAGUUGGCCGUUAUAGCCCAGUACGACGUGCUUCUGAAGGGUCCAAAGCGCAAUUCCAAGGACCGCUGCAAGAAUGUCAGUAUCUACAAAAGGUAUCGGCACAACGUAACUUCUUGAUUGCCCCAACGCCCCCACUUUCAGAGAACUCGAUUAGUUUGCCAGGUUCUCCCAUACACGGUAAACCCGCACCGCAUAUGAUGUUCCGCCGCGGUCAGGAUCUCGAGGUGCCACCCGAAGCAGUGCGUGCUCUGAUGCCACAUCUUGAUCGCCUCGUCAAGGAGCACCGCCUGAAUACAGAUGUAGCAAAGAGAAUUAUUUCUACUGGAAUUGUACCUUUAGACUUGGCCUCGCAUCUGGGUUUGACAGCACAUUCCGGAAAUGUAGCAGUGAGUGGUGGCCACUUAGAUAUGACAUCACCUGGAAUGCAGCAUCAGGGUGCAAUAUAUAGUUUAAGUGUGGCGCCACUAUCUUUGCCAAAUAACGCCAAUACAAGUGUUAUAGGUGCCGUGAGUGGACCGUUAACGACGCAGCAACCAGCUUUUAACCACAAUAUGGGCACAUACUCAAAGCAAAUGUUAGGCAAAGGGCCAUAUCAACAGCAGCAGCAUUUUGGCCUGGUGCAUCCACAAAUGCAGCAUCCUGGUAAUGGUAUUGUGGGGCAAUUCAGUCAUAUUACCCUUAGUCAGGGUGUGGCUGCACUCGCGAGUGGUGGACACUUCAGCGGUUCAAAUAGCAGCAGCGGUUGUCAGUCACCAAUCUAUAGCAGUUUCAGUGGCUCAUCUUCGCCAAAUCCUUAUAUUCCAGGUCCUGGACCAUUUAAUUCUUGCACUGUUAGCGGCAAUGGUGGUGGUGGAUCUUCUCCACUUCAUCAAAUAACCAAAGGUAUUUCAGUCCUAUCUACGGGUGGAGGCGGUUCAAUAACGCGUGGCACUUCAGCGACAAGCGAAAUUGCUUCUUCUGCAACAUGCGUACCUGUAGCUGCUGAUGCUGCUUCUAUCAAUCAGCCUUUAGAUCUUUCCAUGGAUAUAUGUACGUCAGAUCACACUAACACUGAGAUGCCAACAAGUACAUUUGCUCAACAACAUGUGAAUUGGAUGAUACCACAGUUAUCUAGCUUUGAUCUCAAACCAUUAAAUUUGUCGCCAGCACAACCAGUACGAGUGGUGCCCACGCCUCCCGCCUCACCGAAUCUCUGUAUCAUACAGGAAGAGAAUGCAAAUGGACAGAUGUAUCAUACAAUUACAACAGGAACGCCGCAUGUUGGUUGCACGGGUGGCCUUAUCAACGAAGACAUGUCAUCGCCGUGCCAACCUUCUCAUCCACAAAUAUGUCUUACGGACGUACAGGGUAGUGAAAUCACUCUAGUAGCAUUGAGCUCGGAAAAUAGUCGAGACAGUGAAUGCGAUUCAUUGGAACCACCUGCAUCUCUGAUGUCAUUACAGGGCCUGAUAAUAACAGAGUCCUCCAAUGAUAUGCCUUCGAUCACACGAUGCAUUGGACGCAAAACCAGUUUGGAGUGUGCGGUCGAUAGUCAAUCAAGCCGAUUGGAAAGUGAUGCCAAUGCAACAAACAAUGUCGGCGAGUCAAACCGCCGUGGGAGUGAUAAGUCCCUUGGCUUUUCUGAUGAUUCAUUAAGUAAUGAUUCAAACAAUCUCUCACCAUGUCAAGAACCAUCGGCCAGCUCAGGUUUUAAAUCAGAAUCACUUUCCGAAAUUGGCGAUCAAACGGAGGGGCAUUUGUCACCCGAUUCCAUUUGUGACUCUCGUCGUAUGUCCGAGGAGAUGUGUUACGAAGUACCAUUGCCACAUGAAUGCUCUAACCUCGAUUCAACCCGCAUACUAGAAUUAGUCAAACAAACCAUCGACCAAACGAUGCCACCAAAAGGCGCGGUUCUUCACAAAGGUCUCCCAGAGGAGUAUAGUGGCGCAGUUGGUGCAUCUGAUAUGAAUGCAGAGGCACGUUUAAGCAAUGCUUCGAAUGCUACCAGUGAAUCAUCGGCUAUCUCAAUGGACACCAGCAGUAGUAUCUCCGGCUGUUAUGGAAACUUUGGCGGCAUCAUCGGAAGCAGCACAAGUACAAAUCUCAGCCUAGAAUACUCAGGCGGCUUACAAAUAGAAUUGCAAGUGUGCGAAGGUCGUAGCCGUGACAACCAAGCAGCAGGCAAAGGUAUCAAACUGCGCCGAAUAUCGGGAGAUCAAUUCGAAUAUGGUAAAUUAUGUCAGCAACUGAUUAAUAAGUUGACCAUGCAGCAGGUCGCCGGUUAGGGUUAAGAGGGUUGCAACAAGAUUAUGUUCCUUCCUUAAACUUACAUACCGACAAACGACGCAUGGCAAAGGGAGUACACGACUUGUUAGUAACACAGCAUUUAGCACAUAAAAGACAAAGAAUAUGCACACAUAAGGAACAAACAUUAAUAUAUUAAUAACGUGAUAGUAACGCUUUGCCAAUAAAAAUAAUUAAAACGAAUAUAAUAUCAUACAUACAUACAUAUAUGGACUCCUAACCUUACUUCGACGUUAGCAGAAGUUUCGCAAUUAAAUAUUAUAACAAUUUUAAUAUGAUUCGGUUUUAAUUUUUAAUCAAUUCAUAUGUACAUAAAUAUGUCAUAUGCGUGCGUAUAGUAUGUACAUAUGUAUGUAUGUGUAUGGAAUAUGCAUACAUUGUAAUAAAAUAUGUACAUAUGUAGAUAGACAUGUGUGAAUAUUCGAAGUAAUUGCAAAAUUACCAAGUUAUACUAGCUAUCAUUAAAUAUAAAUGUAGAUAAAAGAUCGUAUAUAUAAAAAUUAAGUAAAAGUUUACGUAAAUAGUGUUAAAUUUUCAAGUAUGGGUAUAAUACAUACAUACAUAUACAUAUGUAUCUAGUGCUGAUGUAUAUGCAUACGAACGAUACGAUAUAUAUACAUACCCGUAUCUGCAUAUGAUAAUCAGCUAAAUUUUUUUAAUUUAAAAAAGUUCGCUAUUGUAUGGAGUGUAAAAUAGUUUUACGCAAUUGUUUCAUCUUCACCAUUGUGUUGGGUUACUUCCUCAGUUAUGCAUUUGAAAUUCGUAUUAUAUAUUAAUUAAAGCAAAUUUCACCUAUACGAAGUAUAUAAAUCGCGAUUAUAUGUACAUAUGUGCUCGAUUAAAAAAGUAAGAAUGGCAAAAUCUGCAGGUAUUUCUCGCAUAAAUUCGCCACGUCGUAUGAAAUACGCACGUAACUAAACUAAAUUUCAGCUAUAAUAAAAUCUAUACAUAUGUAUGUGCAUAUAUGUGAAACAAAGAAAAACUAAUUAUAGAAAACAGAUUUAAGACAAAAAUAUUUGCUAUUCAAGAUAAAAAAGAACUACUGAAUGUUAAGUGUACUAUAUUGUCCAUUUUUGUUGUAAAUUGUAAUUUUGAAAUUAUUACAAAUAUUUUAUAAUGACAGUUUUAGUUAAAUUCAUCAAAAUUUAAUUUACAUUCAAAGUGUAAACUUAUACUUAACUCUUAAAAUACCUAAAAUAUACAUACGUACAUUUCGUAUUUCUAACCAUUUCCUCUGUCCGAGUAAUAUUAUUAGCAACACAAAUCAGACGUUAUACUUCCUGUUUGAAAGGCGAGCAUCCAGACGCUCCCUACUCACUAAUCAAAUUCAAAGUAUGCGCAUGUACAUACUACUGAUUGCCUUAAAUAAAAAUAAGUUCUAUAAUGUUGUUCUACAAUUUUAUAUAUUUGGAAUAGCUACGUAUUCCACCUGCGCGACUGCUUCGGCAGCAAGUGUGUACUGGAGAAUAGUUGCUCGCGAAAGUGUACACAUACUUUCUGCACAAUAUCUUGACCGAGUGUUGGCAAAAACCUACAAAUUAAUAAGUAAUUGUAUGUAACUUUAUUGAAUCAAUUAAAAUGUACAUAUUUGAAAAAAUAUAUAACUUCACUUGUAUAUGUGUAGCGCUCUUAAAGACAUCCAAAAAUGUAUGCAAAAAAAAAACAAAAAUAAACGCUUCAACAAUAUUCUUCAAGUGCAACAUCAGUAAGAAUAAAAAUUGCAUUCCAUUGUAGUAAAAUAUUUGCAUAAAUCAAUUAAAUCACAGUUUUACUAGAAAGCACUAGGCGGCAGAACUAUUUACUUCAAUUCAUUUUAGAAUUACGUUUUAGAAUUAACUUGUUGUUUAGAGGUUUUACGUUUGACUGGGAUUUAAUUCAAUAUCUAGAAAUGUCAGGGUCAUAGAAUUUUGACCAUUUACUAAUAUUGGCAAGUAU